CUUUUCGUGUACGAUGACCUACGCAAUUAGAGAUUAUUCCACACAUAUUGUCAAGUGUGAUAACUUUAAAAAAGUGUAAACAAUUUAGAAAAAAAAAUGUAUAAAAACCCAGCUAAGAUAUAGAGAAAGCACAUUCACUAACACUGCACAAAGAUGAAGGUAUUAGUUCUUCUUGCUCUUGUAGCUCUCUGCUACUCAAGUCCACUCACCGCCCAAAAGCGUGUGACAGUUAUAGGAGAUGAUAUUACCAUCGUCGGCAAUCACGGCAGUGAAAUCGUCAUCUCCAAGUCCGUAAUUGAUCCAACAAAAGUCAACAUCAUCCUCAAGAGCCAAAAUGGAAUCACCAAAAAAAUCCAAGUUGAUGAAACCGCCAACAUCAAGAACGUUAACUUCAACAUCUUAGAUGCCAGGUUCUUCAAGAAUAUCCCAAAGGAACAGAUUACCCAAGCUGAUAUUCUUACUCACAUCUUCCGUGAAUACCAAGGACUUGUAGAUGAACCCACCUACCAAAUCUUGUUGGGCAAGAUUCAAGCUUUGGUACAACAAGGAUACUUACACGAAGCCAUCUUGGAAUCCUUGACAACCUUGGACCAAUUACAUAUGGUUGAACAAAUAAAACAAGUUGAAGCUAAGAAUGUUAUGAGCAACAUUGUGAGCCAAAAAUUGCACCAAAAUGUUUACCCUGUAGGUGAGGUUAGCCAAUUGCCACAAGUUAGUGGAGUCGUACCAGUUGAAAAUGUACAUGGACUGAACCAAUACCAGAACAACUUGCCAAUCUUAAAAAAUUCUGGAAUCCAAGGAUUAUGGAACAUUGGACACUUGAGUCCUUACCAACAGCAAGUACUCCUUCAACAAAUCAAACAAAACAUCCAAUAUCAACAAGGGCUCCAAGGACAAGAAUACAUGCCAGUUGAAAUUUUGGGAAAUCAACAACAACAACAACAACAACAAAUCAUGGAACAAAUCUACCAACAUCAAAUUGGACAAAGCCAAUUAACCCCUCUUAACCGUUUCUUGUACAACAUGGGAGUUUUGAAAGGACAAGGAUACUACUACCCACAAGUUCCACAACAAUUAACAAUUCCUCAAAUCCAAGGACAAUACCAAUACCAACACAUUGCUCCACAAAAUCAGUAUGUAAACCAACAACAAAUUCAAAAUAUGGUACAAUCAGGACAAAACCAUGUACAGUAUCCUUACCAGCAAAUCCCCCAAUACUCUGCUCAACAAAAGGUAAACCAACAACAAAUCCAAAAUAUGGAACAAUUAGUACAAAACCAUGUACAAUAUCCUUACCACCAAAUUCCCCAAUACUAUGCUCACCAACAAGUAUACCCACAAGGAUAUGUUCAACAAGAAGUACUUCCCCAAGUUGAACAAGCACUUUUAGCUCACCAACAAAACGUUUACCAACAAUACGGUUACGGAAAAGUUCCAAUGGUCUAUUAA